UUUACGUCCAAACAUCAGUAUUAGUGGGCACGAGCUUGGGAAGUCCCUGCAGCAGCGACGACAGCUUGUUGAUUUCUGUUUCGUUUACAGUUUUGUUGCGGACGCGUGCCGUAAAUCUGUUUUAAAUCUAUUACAGAGAUUGUUUGAUUGGUUUCAAUAGUUGUUUCCAUGUUCCACUAGUGUUCCCGGCAUACCUCAAACCUUCGGCCGGAAUGGGUGAUGUAAUUAAAUCCCUUCGCGAAAAGUCGCAGAAACGCAAGAAGCUCCUUGCCCAAACGCUGGGAGUUUCGAGUGUGGAAGACCUGAAGCACGUUCUGGGUACAGCGGAAGACACUCCGAUCAACAAAUCGCAACGCUACGAUGAUGAGGAAGCCAGUUCUUCGAAAAAGUCGCAGUCGGAAGGAAUGGUGUACCGGGAUUCGUCUACGUUCCUGAAAGGUACACAAUCCUCCAAUCCGCACAACGAUUACUGCCAGCACUUUGUCGACACUGGGCAGCGGCCGCAGAACUUCAUCCGGGAUGUCGGACUAGCCGAUCGGUUUGAAGAGUACCCGAAGUUACGGGAAUUGAUUCGAUUGAAAGACGAGCUGAUAUCGGAAACCGCAUCGCCACCCAUGUACUUGAGGGCUGAUCUCAAAAGUUUCGAUUUGAAAACCCUCGGAACCAAGUUUGAUGUGAUUCUGAUUGAGCCACCGCUGGAGGAGUAUGCCCGUGGUGGAGCAGCCGUUGCUGCUGGUGCUCCGCGGAAUUUCUGGUCCUGGGACGAAAUUUUAGCGCUGGAUAUCGGUGAAGUGGCAGCUCAUCGCAGUUUUGUCUUCCUGUGGUGUGGUAGUUCGGAAGGACUGGAUAUGGGUCGAAAUUGUCUGCGGAAGUGGGGAUUCCGUCGCUGCGAGGACAUUUGUUGGAUUCGGACGAACAUUGAUUCGCCUGGACAUUCGAAGAUUCUCGAACCGAAGGCGGUUUUUCAGCGUACUAAGGAACACUGCUUGAUGGGUAUCAAAGGGACGGUUCGCCGCUCAACCGAUGGCGAUUUCAUCCAUGCCAAUGUGGAUAUCGACUUGAUCAUCUCGGAAGAAGCAGAGUUUGGCAGUCUGGAAAAACCGAUUGAGAUUUUCCACAUUAUCGAACAUUUCUGCCUGGGCCGGCGUCGACUGCACAUAUUUGGCCGAGAUUCAACUAUCCGUCCCGGGUGGGUGACCAUUGGGCCCGAGUUGACGAAUUCGAACUUCAACAGCGAGCUGUAUGCAAGUUCGUUUGAGGAAAAUCCUACGACCGGGUGCACCGAACGGAUCGAAGCUCUAAGACCGAAAAGUCCUCCGGCGAAUGGGAAAGUUCUUCGGGGCCGUGGCAGAGGGUUUCCCCGUCUGCGCGGCAGGAGCCGCGUGUAGAUGGUUGCUUUUGUGAAUGGAGGUUAGUAUUUUGAUUGAUAAUAUUUAUAUCUCUCCAGGAGGAUUCAGUCUCAAUUAUAUUCACGAAGUACACACAGAAUAAACUAAAUGAUUUAUA